AGGGGCGCCAGUUGCGCAAGGGCGCGGCAGCCUGCCAGGGGCGGCCUCCGGGGCCCCGCGCGCCGCCAUAUGCCGCAGUUCCAGGCGGGCGCCCUGCCGCGGCGGAAGGCGAAGAGGCCGAAGCCCGCCGGCGAGGGCAAGGCGGAGGCCACAGCGUUGGCAGAUUCCGAUGUGGAGGAGGCGGACAUCGCUGCGUUGGCCAGGGCCAGCUUGAAGGAGGGCGAGGUCAUCCUCGGUGAGGGCAGUGGCCAGCAAGGAGGGCUUGUCGACCUGGAAGUGGCCGACAAGCGCGGCAUCUGCAACGCCCCGGCCCUGCUGCAGAAGCUGAGCGACAUCGAGUACAAGGUGCCAGAGGGUGCCAAGCGCGUCCCGUGGGUCGACACCCUCGCCAUAGAAGACCAGCAGACCCUCCCAAGUGAUGUAAAGUCGAAGGACGGCGUGAAGCUAGAGAGUAUGUUCGUAGGUCUUGCGACCAACGCCGUGAAGGAGGCGUACCGCCGGCUGAAAGUCCGACCAGGGCCCAACCACCGCAGCGAUGCGCUCUAGUUGGCUUGCUACGUGAGCGCGCAGGGACGACAGCAGUGACUCGAUGUCUGUUCAUGGGAGCCUUGGGGGGCGACACUGAAAUCAGCUUUUUCUGCAUUUGGACCGCGUAGGGAUCGCAUUUGGCCCAUCCUCCUGCUCCUCCUCUCCCCUCCUGUUCCCCCUCUUCCUCCUCGUUCUUCUGGCCCCCGCGAAUCCAUUCCAAAUCUGGUCCAAAUCUGUUCCAAAUCCGGUCCAAAUCAGGCCCAAAUCGGACAGCGCCGGGGGCCACGCAGGCUCCCAUGGAACGGGGCGCAUGGAUCCUUGCAAUCGCUUGCUUUGCUCGCUGUCUGCUGUGGUCCCGCACUGGUGCACGGCGCCGGGCAGAGGACGCGCGGCAUUUUCGCCGCCCCGCUGGGGAGCGCAUCUCGGGCCCGAGUGUCUCGCAUGUCGGCAUCUCGGCCACUUCGGCUGAUCCACAUGUCGUGAAGCUAUAUGUGAUGGGCAAUUUUCCCACCACCUCUACCAUAUGUAGGACGGGGGAGAAAAGAGGAGGAUGAGGUCCUCCUCCUCCUCCUCCUCCUC